AUGAUUGCCGUACCAGAGGACGUGGGUAAUGACCACCGUUUCGGUUUCGGCUUCCGUUUCGGGAACCACGCGGAUUUACAAAUACUUUACGAGUUCGGACCUCAGACUGUCACGAAGCCGUUACAAGCUUCUAACAGGAUCCGCUCAACCCCAUACCGUCGCUUCGUGCGCCGGCGCCCAGUUCUGGAGCUGCUGCUGCGAGCUGGACUCAUCAAGAGGAAGUCUUAUGAUUACAAUGUUAUAGACGACUGUGAUGACGAGCCGAGAUAGAGGAUUUACUACAAAUUACUGUAAUACUGAGUUUGAAAGCUGUGUAAAUGGUAUCUUCUUAAAAAUAAUUGAAUAGAUAUUGCAAGAUUAUGGUCUCUUGUAAAUGCCUGUAAAAUAAGUCGAAUCAAGUUAU